AUGUACGACCAGGACGAAGAUAAUCAGUAUGAUGAAGACGAUGAUGAGAUCACUCCUGACCUGUGGCAGGAGGCGUGCUGGAUUGUCAUCAGCUCUUAUUUUGACGAGAAGGGGCUGGUGCGGCAGCAGCUGGAUUCCUUCGAUGAGUUCAUCCAGAUGUCUGUUCAGAGAAUCGUGGAGGAUGCUCCACCCAUCGACCUGCAGGCUGAAGCUCAGCACACCUCAGGAGAGGUUGAGGAGCCGCCACGAUACCUGCUGAAGUUUGAGCAGAUCUACCUGUCUAAGCCCACCCACUGGGAGAGAGAUGGAGCACCAUCUCCCAUGAUGCCCAACGAGGCACGCCUAAGGAAUCUGACGUACUCUGCACCGCUGUAUGUUGACAUUACGAAGACGAUCAUUAAGGAGGGCGAGGACCAGCUGCAAACACAACACCAGAAGACCUUCAUUGGGAAAAUUCCCAUCAUGCUUCGCUCUACAUACUGCCUGCUGAGCGGCCUGACAGACCGAGACCUGUGCGAGCUCAACGAGUGUCCACUGGACCCCGGAGGUUAUUUCAUCAUCAAUGGCUCAGAGAAGGUGCUGAUCGCUCAGGAAAAGAUGGCUACCAACACAGUCUACGUGUUCGCCAAGAAAGACUCGAAGUACGCCUACACUGCCGAGUGCCGGUCCUGCUUGGAGAACUCGUCCCGCCCUACCAGCACUAUCUGGGUCAGCAUGAUGGCCCGAGGAGGACAGGGAGUGAAGAAGAGCGCCAUAGGUCAGAGGAUUGUCUCCACGCUGCCGUACAUCCGACAGGAAGUUCCCAUCAUCAUCGUGUUCCGGGCGCUGGGCUUCGUGUCGGACAGAGACAUCCUGGAACACAUCAUCUACGACUUCGAUGACCCUGAGAUGAUGGAGAUGGUGAAGCCAUCUCUGGAUGAGGCGUUUGUGAUCCAGGAGCAGAAUGUGGCGCUGAACUUCAUUGGCUCACGAGGAGCAAAACCAGGUGUGACGAAGGAGCGGCGAAUCAAAUACGCAAAGGAAGUCCUGCAAAAGGAGAUGCUGCCGCAUGUCGGCGUCAGCGACUUCUGCGAGACCAAGAAGGCGUACUUUUUAGGGUACAUGGUUCACAGGUUGCUGCUAGCCGCUCUCGGCAGACGGGAACUGGAUGACAGAGAUCACUACGGCAACAAGAGGCUGGACCUUGCUGGACCGUUACUGGCCUUUCUGUUCCGAGGCAUGUUUAAAAACCUGCUGAAGGAAAUCAGGAUUUACGCUCAGAAAUUCAUUGACCGUGGAAAAGACUUCAAUCUGGAGCUCGCCAUUAAGACCCGCAUCAUCUCCGACGGGCUCAAGUAUUCACUCGCCACCGGCAACUGGGGUGACGUCAAGAAGGCUCACCAGGCCCGAGCUGGCGUGUCACAGGUGUUGAACAGGCUCACCUUUGCGUCCACCCUGUCUCACCUGCGCCGCGUCAACUCUCCAAUCGGCCGAGACGGAAAACUGGCAAAACCCCGACAGCUGCACAACACGCUGUGGGGGAUGGUGUGUCCGGCCGAGACGCCCGAGGGCCACGCUGUGGGGCUGGUGAAGAACUUGGCCCUUAUGGCAUACAUCUCUGUGGGCUCGCAGCCGUCGCCCAUCCUGGAGUUUCUGGAGGAGUGGAGCAUGGAGAACCUGGAGGAGAUCUCACCUGCAGCCAUUGCUGAUGCCACUAAAAUCUUUGUGAACGGCUGCUGGGUGGGAAUCCACAAAGAUCCAGAACAGCUGAUGAACACGCUGAGAAAACUCCGCAGACAGAUGGACAUCAUCGUCUCUGAGGUGUCGAUGAUCAGAGACAUUCGAGAGCGUGAGAUCAGAAUUUAUACAGACGCCGGACGAAUCUGUCGACCGCUGCUGAUCGUUGAGAAGCAGAAACUGCUGCUGAAGAGACGCCACAUUGACCAGCUGAAGGAGCGCGAGUACAACAACUACAGCUGGCAGGACUUGGUGGCCAGUGGCGUGGUGGAGUACAUUGACACACUGGAGGAGGAGACUGUCAUGCUCGCUAUGACCCCAGAUGACCUCCAGGAGAAGGGUGUGGCAUAUUGUUCCACCUACACCCACUGUGAAAUCCACCCUUCUAUGAUCCUUGGAGUGUGUGCAUCCAUCAUCCCGUUCCCCGACCACAACCAGUCUCCCAGGAACACCUAUCAGUCCGCCAUGGGGAAACAGGCCAUGGGCGUUUACAUCACCAACUUCCAUGUUCGAAUGGACACGCUUGCUCAUGUGUUGUACUACCCUCAGAAACCGCUCGUCACCACCCGGUCCAUGGAGUACCUGCGCUUCAGAGAGCUCCCUGCAGGUAUCAAUUCGAUUGUGGCAAUUGCAUCAUACACGGGUUACAACCAGGAGGACUCUGUGAUCAUGAACAGGUCAGCAGUGGAUCGAGGCUUCUUCAGGUCCGUGUUCUAUCGGUCAUACAAAGAGCAGGAGUCUAAGAAAGGUUUUGAUCAGGAGGAGAUCUUUGAGAAGCCGACACGUGAAACCUGUCAAGGGAUGCGACAUGCCAUCUACGACAAGCUAGACGACGACGGGCUCAUUGCACCUGGCGUGCGUGUUUCCGGCGAGGAUGUGAUCAUUGGGAAGACCGUGACGCUUCCGGAGAAUGACGAUGAACUGGACAGCACGAACCGCCGUUACACAAAGAGAGACUGCAGCACAUUCCUGAGAACCAGUGAGACCGGCAUUGUGGACCAGGUCAUGGUGACCCUGAACCAGGAGGGCUACAAGUUCUGCAAAAUCAGGGUGCGCUCUGUCCGAAUUCCUCAGAUUGGAGACAAAUUCGCCAGCCGUCAUGGACAGAAGGGAACCUGUGGGAUCCAGUACAGACAGGAGGACAUGCCAUUCACCUGCGAGGGAAUCACUCCUGACAUCAUCAUUAACCCUCACGCCAUCCCGUCCAGAAUGACAGUCGGCCAUUUGAUUGAGUGUCUGCAGGGAAAGGUUUCUGCCAACAAAGGUGAGAUCGGCGAUGCCACGCCAUUUAAUGACGCCGUCAACGUGCAGAAGGUGUCGAACCUGCUGUCUGAGUAUGGAUACCACCUGAGAGGAAAUGAGGUUCUGUAUAACGGUUUCACUGGGAGGAAGCUGACGUCUCAGAUCUUCAUCGGCCCGACGUAUUACCAGCGUCUGAAGCACAUGGUAGACGAUAAGAUUCACUCGAGGGCCCGCGGCCCCGUCCAGAUCCUCAACCGGCAGCCUAUGGAGGGACGCUCGCGUGAUGGCGGUUUGCGGUUUGGCGAGAUGGAGCGCGACUGUCAGAUCGCUCAUGGAGCGGCUCAGUUCCUGAGGGAGCGACUGUUCGAGGCAUCUGAUCCGUAUCAGGUGCACGUUUGUAACCUGUGCGGACUGAUGGCCAUCGCCAACACGCGGACGCACACGUACGAGUGUCGAGGCUGCCGCAACAAGACCCAGAUCUCGCUGGUCCGGAUGCCGUAUGCCUGCAAGCUUCUAUUCCAGGAGUUGAUGUCAAUGAGCAUUGCUCCUCGUAUGAUGACGUCAUAAAGCAGCUCAACCAAUCGGAUGCAGAACAUGUUGUGACAUCACGAGGAAGUGAAAGUAGUUUAGUUGUUGUUUUUUAGUUUCCUGUCAUGGUUUUGUAAAAGUCAAUAAAUCGGUUUCUGAUCA